AUGACGUUUUGGGCUCUCAAGGCUCGCGUCUCCAUCACCGAGAUGGCCGAAUCGACCCACCAGCCAAAGACGCGGCAAAUGGGAGCAGACCUUUUCAGCCAAGAGAUCGACUUCUCAUCUCUGGCGAUUAGGUCAGCAACGGAGACUAGUAAAUGGCGCGUGCUGCCACUGGUCUACGAGGGCAUUCAUAUCUUUGCGCAGGAUUUGGGUAUGUAUUACAGCCACUCUCGGAAGCCACCAUUACAUGGAGAGCCCAGGAUUCAUUCGCAAGCCAUGAUUCAAGAGCAGAACGAAGACGCGAUGGUCCAGGAACCCGCAAUACGAAGAUUGUCGCCAGAGUUAUGGGAUGCGAUUUUUGACCGCGCAUUUCUGCCUCUGUAUAUGAUCCACCACUUCGACUCCCACAUCGUUCACCCCAAUUCCCUGGCAGGGCGCCACCUGGAACAGCAACGGCGGAUCGUGACAGUGUGUCGAGCAUGGCACCGCGCAGGUACACGGCUAUUAUACGAGAACAUCUUCAUUCGUCGACCCACUCAAAUCCCUCUUCUUCUCCGAUCCCUGAAGGAAAAUCCACAGCUGGGACCGCUGAUAAGAGGCUUCCGCUUAGGAUGCGUUGUUCCUACUCGACUCACAGGUUCGACCUUCCCUCAGACAAUUCAACUCGUUAUAGACCGAUGCCCCCGCCUGACCGCCCUUGAAUUCACCACGAUUUCCGACGGUCUGAUGACCCAUCGAACAAUACUGGCGCCUAUCGUGCGGAAUCAAGGAUCCCCAAUAACGUCAUUCACAAUGCAUUACACCAAAGUGCAUGGCACUAUCAGCCCAACGUACGACAUCGGACUCAACAAUUUACUUUCCAGCAUGUCUUCCACUCUAGUCCACCUUUCGCUCGGGCUGGGCGAGCCGAACUUUCAAUUUCUAUCCGAUACCUGUGCCAUCCCGAUACCGUCUUCCCUCAGCUUUCCCUGCGUCGAAUCCCUUACCCUGAUCCAUCCCUGGUCUUUCACCAAUCUCCGAAAUAUCGUGACAUGGAAACUCCCAUCCUUGCGUAACUUUACGAUCCAGGUCCCCAGUCGCAGUGACCUGUUCAACUGUAUCCCAGUCAAUGCAAUCCCUGAUCUCCUCAAAGCCCAUGGCCAGCAUUUGCAAUACCUUCACCUGCAGCCGACCUCAAAUGGGGACCAAUAUCCUGUCGGAGGUAGCCAGAUACAACCCAUGUUGGACUGUUGCCCAGCUUUGAAGCACUUGAUCGUCCACUCCCAUAUUGCAUGGCCGAUAGCGCACCCCACGGUCGAAUGGCUCGACGUUUGGAACGUCGCGAGGGAACCAGCCCCUGGGUACUUGAAGCCAUUAAACGAAAUGCAGGAGACUUUCCCUUCCCUUCGUGCAACCCGGCAACUGUCGAUGUCUCUUGUCCUCAUCACCGACCUUCCUAACCAAAUUCCUCCUCGACUUGACCCUCACGGGAACCUCGAUGACGGCUUCGAAUUACAGUUCUUGAACUUUCAUUUGGUGUAUAGGGAUGGUGUUAUCCGGAAUGAGGGCUUCAAUGCCCCAUGGCCAGAUGAGGAUGAGGACGAAGACUCUUCAUAUGAUUCGACGGACGAUUUUUCGAGUUCGGAAGGGUCGACGGAGGGCAGCGAUAGUGACGAGGAUGAGGAUGACGACAGAAGUGGAGAGAAAGAAGCGAUGGUCGCAGAUUCGUCUUGGGAUGUCGACGAAGAAGAACCGCGAUUGCCCGUUAGCUGA